GCGCAGCCAGCGGGACAUUGGGGAGGGGGCUGCGUGGGGGCAAUUCCUGCGUGUGUGUCCCCCCCUCCCCGAGCAAAACGGCCUCGAGCCGGAGCUGGGGCGAGCGUGCGGCCGCCGCUUAUUGGCAGGAGGACGGGGAGGCAGCGAGAGGAGGCAGUCAGGUGUGGAAGAGGCGAUGAGGGGAGGAAGGGAUGGAUGGAGCUGCGCUCGUGACAGCCGGGUGCCGAGCGCUGGUGAGCGCGCAGCCCUCCCCCCUGCCAAGGAUGCAGCAGGGCCGCCCGUCCCUCUGCUGCGUCUCCGCCGUCCGCAGCUCGCGGGGUGCCCCCGAGCCAGGUGAGGGGGCCGCCGCUCACUUCAGCUUCUGCCGCAGCCUCCUGGAGCACACGGUGUCGGCCGAAAACCUCAGCUACCGCCUGCAGCGCAGCCCCGGCACCAGCCUCACCUGGCACGACGGCCGCAGCCAGCGCUCGGAGGGCGCCCGCGCCGUCAAGCUCCUGCGCCAGCCGGGCACCGAGGGCGCGCAGGGCCGUGGCUGCGAUCAUUAUGGCAUUUACCACACCAGCCCCACGCUGGGCAGCCUUACCAAGCCGGUGGUGCUCUGGACGCAGCAGGAUGUGUGCCGAUGGCUGAAGAAGCACUGCCCGCACAACUACCUGGUCUACGUGGAGGCUUUCUCACACCACGCCAUCACAGGUCGGGCGCUGCUGCGGCUCAACGGGGAGAAGCUGCAGCGCAUGGGCAUCGCUCACGAGGCGCAGCACCAGGAGGUCCUGCAGCAGGUCCUGCAGCUCCAGGUGCGCGAGGAGGUCCGAAACCUGCAGCUGCUCAGCCAAGAUUGUACCAGCACUGUGAACCGAGCACCUCUGGGAUGGACUGUGCACCGCAGAUACGAGACCUGAACCGCGUGCUUGGAAUACGAAGAGGCAGCUUCCGAGCCACUCCGGGGCUUCUCUCUUUCUUCUUCUCUCUUUCUUUUCUACGAACACAUCGCUGCGCAGAGCUGGGCUGCUUCCUCCAGCAGACGAGGCUCCCAGCCAGAGGAAGAGGAGCAGAACAGCCCCGGGGAUGGAUGAACUCCUGCCCGUCUGAGCCUGACCCCUCGCAGGGGGAAAUUGCGGAGAGAAGACGGCGACGAGCGGGGCUCAGCGGUGCCGACAGCCUGAGCACGGCCACCCCUGGGACAGAUUGGAGCCACCCACGGGACGCUGAAACCUCGGGCACGUGAGUGGUGUCCCAGCACCUGGAGGCUCUCGGCACAGCUGGGGAGUGCUCCAGGCUCUGCCUGUGUCAAUGCCUCGGAGCUUGUUUGGGGAGCUUUAGCUUUCUCCUCAGGCUGGGCUGUCUUCCAGUGGCCUAGGAGAUAACGUCGGUAGCGAAUAAUGUGACCCCAUCGGGCAAAAAAACGAGAAGCAGGGCAGAGUCACCAGCGCCUGGCUCCACUUUGUGAAUUAAAGAGGAGCUGAGGCACCGAGGGCAGCAACCCAGGGGUUGGCACGCCGUGGCCGUGCUCCGGAGGACGCUGCGCCAGGAGCUCCCCGCAUCCUUCUCCGUCCGUGUGCCCAGCCUCCCGUCCUCCGCUCCCAGGGUUUUAUUUAUUUCCCCCUCCAAUUGCUGGCUGGGCUCCUUGCAGAGCUCUGCCUCCACAGGGCUUUUGCAAAAGCCUGGGGCUGGUGGCGGUGCCACUGAUGCCAGCAGCAUCCCGAUAACCCGGCUGAUGAUUUUUGGGUCCCUGCCGAGCCGGCAGGCAGCACCCCAGAGCCACGGGGACUUGGCAGAGGUGGGUGCCCGGGAGCCAGUGGCCGCCGUGCACCGCCGCCUCCUGCUGUGUGAAUAAAAUCAGACUGGUGUUUUA